AUGGAGUGGUUAACGAGCGUUGAGGGUCUGAAUGUCCGUCAGGAGCUGGAGAAGUCCGUUCGUGAGCACCACCCUUACUUGCGUGAUGAGGAGGUCGACCUCAUUGCACCCAAGUGCUGUUACAAGCAGAUCACCAGCGAUGCAUCUGCUUUCUCGGGCGCUGUCAACUCCAUCGUUGCUACAACGGGGGUCAACGGGAAGGAAGGAAAAGGGGGAAGGGAGCAGACGGACAAGAAGGAUGGCAAGUGGGAGAAGAAGCGAGCCCCCUUCAAGGGGCGCUGCUACAACUGCAAUGAGGAGGGGCACAUGGCUGCCAAGUGCCCCAACAAGAAGAAAGAUGCAACGCCCGCGGCAACCGCGAACGUAGCUGAAGGAGACGGGAAGGGCGUGGCGCUCACCGUCGCGUGUUCGGCUGCAAAGUUGCUGGCCGACGACAAGGACUUGUGGUUCCUUGACUCAGGAUGCUCUCAACACAUGACCGGCCGCAAGGAGUGGUUCACGGUGAUCCGUGACCCAUCUACAACGAAAUCAGUCAAAGGGUUUGAUGGUUCUAUGCAGGAAGUUGCCGGUGUUGCUCUUGGACAAGGGAGAAAAGAUGCAAACCGAGGAAGGUGUCACUCGCAUCAUCGCAUCAGGAGGUCAAGUGGCUGCAACGGCACGAUACCGCCAUCGCCUUCACUACCUUGA